CAUCCGGGUGCCUCUGCCUGCGGAUUCACGGCGGAUCCGAGAGGACGCGCUGACAGCAGCAGUCAAUCCACUGCUGUCAAUUAUUCCCACUGUGGCCGCGGACGGUCAGGGGCGAGUUAGAGCGAUCGCAGGCUGCAGGGCAGCUGUUUUCGGGGACCAAGCAUAGGACAGCGGAAGUUAGAAGUGCCUGCAGAAAUCCGUCCGUGCGGGAGCAACAAUCACAUCCAAGAUGGAGACCGUAAAUGCUGGACAUAUGAUGAGCUUAGCGGCUCUACAGAGACAAGACCCGUACAUAAACAAGCUGCUCGAUGUUACCGGACAGGUGGCUCUCUACAACUUCAACUCCAAAGCGAACGAAUGGGAGAAGACCGAAAUCGAGGGUACCCUGUUUGUAUACGCGAGGUCAGCCUCGCCUCACCAUGGCUUCACCAUCAUGAACCGACUGAGUGCAGAGAACCUUGUGGAGCCGAUCAACAAAGACCUGGAGUUUCAGCUGCAGGAUCCAUUCCUGCUCUAUAGGAACGGCAACCUGGGUAUCUACAGUAUUUGGUUCUAUGACAAGAGGGACUGUCAACGCAUUGCUCAACUGAUGGUCAAGAUUGUGAAACAAGAAGCAGACCAUGCCCAGAGGGAGUCACCAGAGAGAGCAGAGCCCCGGAGGACCAAUGGUGUCACAGAACCAAGGCCUAUUGACAUCCUGGAGCUGCUCAGCAAAGCCAAGGAGGAAUACCAGAGAGCUCAGACGGGUGAUGCAGAUGUGUCUGCAGAGCUUAACAUGAAACCACCAGUCAGCACCACAGAGCAUGUACACAGCACACCUCAACCUGAAAAGAGCUCUCAUACAAUGGUGAAACAGAUCACAGUUGAGGAACUUUUUGGCUCUUCACUCCCGAAGGACCCCUCACUACCCACCAUGCCCACACAGAACACCACCACUGCUCCCAGUGACCACGCCACUGCUUACCUCCAGAAGCAGUCUUUUCCUACUCCAACCCACCAAAACCCACUCCUCCCUCCCCAUCUGGCGCCCCAAGACCAGCGGCACCAGGCCCCAGGCCUCCUCCCAGCUCCCUACGCGCUGCACCCCAGCCCUGUUUUCCAGUCGGUGGUCCCUAGGUCAGACCCCCAACCUCUGUGCUCAGUCUCCCCUCUCAUGGUCCCUCAAGCGGGUUUAGAGCCUCAUGCCGCUCCCAAGGGUUCCUCAGCACCAUCAGCAGCUCCUGCUGCCUACUUGGGGCAGGAGAUACUCAGCACGCUCAAAUCAGGAGUGAGUUCGGACAUCCACAAACCCAUCCUCGCACCAAACUUCCUGCCAAGCACGCUGUUCCCACCCCACAGCUUUCAAGACCACAUGGGAAAACCCCUUCUCCAGCAUGGCAAGGAGAUGGAUGUUUUCUCUCAGCCUCCAAACCUGAUCAAGCCGAUGACUGCCGUCCCCAUGAGUCCUGGUCUUGCUGUUCCAGGGCCAGAGAUUUCUGUGCUUCUCUCCCCCAGCGCCUUCCAGAAGUCAGUCAAUAAGACAACAACAGCAGCAGCAGCAUCAGUGGUUCCUCCUGCCCCCUCCGAGCCCUCCUCCACCUCUGUAGGAGCAGUAGAGCCCCCACAAGCUCCCUGCAGCAAAACACAGCUACAGGAGACUCUGAUACACCUUAUAAAGAACGACCCUGACUUCCUCGGCGCCAUUCACGAUGCUUACCUGCAGAGUAUGUCCAAGGACUUCAGCAACAUGAAGCUUUAGUUUAACCACUUCAGCCAUCACUGCUGGUAUUGUCAGUGCUACAAUCUGUCCGUGACCUGUGAAGAAUCCAGAAGUUAACAGGAGAUAAAAGAAGAUCACACCACAAAUCCUCAGAACUAGUCUGUAUCCUGAAGGUUAUUAUACUCAUGCAGCGCGCCAUUUAAUCCUUAUUCAACAUCUUGAGUCCUCGCCUGAACACUGAUGCUGUCCCGGCUACUUAAUAAUUAUGGAUCGACAUGGAUGUCAAGCCAGAACUACUGCAGGAGAGGUGAAUGAGACAACACUGCCCAGUGUGGCCUUGAGCUUUCUUUUUUACUUUAUGAUUAUGAUAAAACUGUCAGCCAAUGGACUGGUAAAGAUUGGCUGCUGCUGGUUUAAUUCACUUGAGGACGAGACCACAGUUCAGACCUUCUGUGAUGUCAGAUAAUUUCACUUUUGACCUUGGGAUGGAAGAUUUUGCAGCUUGAAAAUGUACAGGAUGCUGCUUUUUUAACUCAUCCCACGUUAUCAGAGUAUUCUCAGUAUUGGAGUAUUGGAACGGUGAUGAUAAAACACUUACACUCCUACUGCUAAUUAGGAAAAAGACCACUGUGCUGGGGACCUCGGAACUGUUUCUGCAGUCAAACGGUCCCACUGUGUGGCAUUAAAAAGGACUCCUUUUCCUUCCUUCACUUAUUGAACCUUCUCCCAUCGAGCAAUGCUGACGCCUGUAUAUUUUUGUAACGCCACAGAGACACCAAACUUUCUAUUCAGUUUUUGUGGCAUUCUGUGUUUGUAAGGACGAGAUGGGAGGAUUCUUUUUUCCAUCCUCGUCAAGGGAAGAUAAAAAAACUUUGUUAUUGUCAGAAGAAGCACUCGCAGCUCUGAGCUCAAGCUAAGAAUCAGUUUCUCACGGCUGCUUUUUAAAUGUCUUGUUAGAGACUGUGACAUGUUCAUAAAGACUCACAGACGAAUGCACAAAGCUGCUUCUUUGCAACCUUUCCUCCCUUCACUUUUCUCCUUAUCUUUGCUCUCCCUCUCAGUGUUUUUCUCCUCCAUUUUGUCAUUCAUCUCUCCUCCACCAGCUGAGCUCACAGUACUUGACAACCUUGGAGGGGAAUGUGCAAUAGACAACAGUCGCACUGCCUUUAGGGAUACCAGCAUUUUGGGAUAUUUUAUGAUGGUACAGUAGCGCUAAGUUUGAACCUCUGGCUUCUGGUUGUACAGCUGAGCUAUAGUUUAAACAUGAGCAAAAGAACAGAAAAAAAAUAUUGUUUACAAUCAUUUCUUUGAUAUUUAAUUGCUGAGUAAGGCCAACUGAUGACUGAGGAGCUUUGUAUAGCCUCAGUAUUUUUCAGUCGAAUUUAUACCAGUAAUCCAAAUUAUGCUAAAAGAAUUUAGGGCUACAGACAGAAUUCUGUCUGUUGAAACAAUAUUGGCUUCUUAAUAUUUGGAUUGAAUUAGUCAUUGGGUGUCAGAGAUCUUGCCUGAAGAUAAUAUCAUGAUCUAUUUAAUUAUUGUCAUGGUCCUGAACUUCUUAAUUUGCACCAUUAAAACACAUGAUAACAUUGAAGAUAAUUAUGUUUCUGCACACAGUAUCAGUGGCUUUAACGCAUGUUGCAUUGCACACAAGACGUCAACCAAGAAGCGACAUCCGUUUGGCUCUAUGAUUCUGUUGGUGUGGUUACGUAACCCUGAUCUGCUUAUAAAAAAGGCUGGAGAUACAGUUGCGUUUGAACCAGAUGUUUAAGUAGACAACCGACUGCCUCGUGAACGUAGUUGUUCACAUACUUGCCUACAUACUCUGCGUGGUACUGUAGGAUACCACUAGAUGGCACAUAAGCUUGUUGUCCCUGCUUUUGUAGACUCCUGUCUCUUUUACUUCUCCAUCCUGGCACCACUUAACCCACUGCUCCUACUGCUCAUGUGCAUGUUGCACCUUGCAGAGUUGAUUUCUGAGGGUUCCAUACAGACACGUGAUACAGGAGCCGCCCUCAUGCUGAGCUUCGUGCGUCGCUAAAAGCAAGUAUAUCCUCGGCUUAAGGGUUAUGUGAUUUUUGGAUACAAAAGAAAGAGGACAUUUCAUUCCUACAGUUAGCCUGAAAAGUGGAUUAUGGACACAGAAUCAUCAGAUCGUGCCACCCCUAUUGGUUCUUAUUCAUAUAGAAUAUCUGUUUAACGCCUUUCUCCAUCAUCUGCGAUGUGAAAACAUCAGAUUUUCCACACAGUCACAAAAAGGAAAAGUGUGUGUCUACCGUUUUUAUCACCCAUCUCUGCUUCAGUCACAGUUAUUAUUUUGAUUUGUGGUCAUUUUAAAACUCUGUAUAGUUUACAGCCUGCCAUGCUGUUGCUCUGUAUGCAAUGCUGACAAAAUAUGAGUUGGCCCUGGGUCUUUUAAACUGAUGACCCAAAUCAUAGGCUUUUAGGGGGCAGGCCCUCUAAAUAAUAUAAACUACCUCCUCUCCUGUUUAUUAUUCCAGGUCACAGUUAAAUCUUCAAUUACAAAGGUUUCAAGAUGGAACAAAUUGUGGUAAUUGGGCUUUUUUUGCAGUAAAAUGCUACUGCAUCACAAAACUGUUGGUCCUGCAGAUCCCAGUAAGAACUAAAAGUAGCAUCAGUUUCUUCCUCCUUUGCAUUGAUAACGACAAUUGAUCAUAUGUACAUCGGAAAAUCGAGGCACAGCCUUUUCUUUCAAGGGUUAACUCUGUGCCAUCUGUGCAUUUAACACACAACAGGUUACUGACAGGUUGACUAUGUUGUCCAGCACAUUCAAGACCAUCAAAACAGUGUAGAAACAAUGUGAAAGCGUGAACAGUUGUUUUUUCCAUCACUUGGUACAGGGAUGUUUGAUGUUAGCUGAUGGAUGAGCAGGCUCCUUUUUUAUGUUACUGUUCAGAAGAAAUAUAUGUUGGCAGGAGAUGUGUUGCACAACAACAUGAAAAGCAGAGAUUACGGCUCUUCUCAAAAGUUUUUUGUGGAACAUGUUGGAAAUCAUGUAAUCAGUGGUUGUAUAUAACUUAAGGAGUGAUAUGAAUUCCUGCAUAAAUACCCAUCUUGAUUGUGAUACCACGUCUUUGCAUUUGGCUAUAUGAAUGUAUUGGAUGUUAACGCUCAGUAUGUGCCAGUAUUGUUUCUUUUUCAGUUUUGUUUCUUUGAGUACCAGCUGUUAAACAUUUUUUUUCUUUCGCUUUUUUAUUUUGCCAACAUUUGAAUUAUAAUUAAAAAAAGGACACAUCAGCAGUUAGGGAGCAAAUCAUUUGUACACUGCAUUGUCCUCUUGUGUUUAAUUUCAGAAGUCAUCUUGCCAACACUUGUGUGGGUUAAAUAAACAGACGCAGGAAGAAUGA